UCGGAGCCAGACUGACUGUAGUGGCCGGAACACCCGCUGUAUAAAUGUACCAGAUUGGAGUUUCCUGAAAUCGGCGAGUGAAGAGUCCACUGCUCCAGCGCAGACUAAAGUCACGAGUCACAGAGAGGAUCCUACAGUGAAAUCAAGAGUAACUCACUCGUUCUGUCCAAAUCAUGGAGUUGCAGCUUUUCACCAUGACCUGCAGCAUCUUGCUGCUGCUGGCUUCACAAUUCAACAUGGCACAGAAAGACAACCGAGAUGUCUGCUUACUGUUACCAGACCCAGGACCCUGUAAGGCCUUGUUCCAUCGCUUUUAUUAUGACAGAUAUACUCAGAAUUGUGAAGAAUUUGAAUAUGGUGGUUGCAAGGGUAAUGCAAAUAAAUUUGCAACGUUGGAAGAAUGCAAGAUGCACUGCCGCAAGAUUAAAAAGGUUUCUAAAGAAUGCAGGCUGGAAGCAGAUUCGGGACCAUGCCGUGCUUCCUUUUUGAGAUAUUUCUAUAACUUUACAACAGGACAAUGUGAGCAAUUUAUAUUUGGUGGUUGCUUUGGAAAUGAUAAUAAUUUCAAAGACAUUUCAUCUUGCCAGAAUGAGUGCAAGCCAAUAUCAGUUUUACCCUCCUUCUGUACGAAGCCCAAAGAUAAGGGAUCUUGUGCAGCUGAUAUCCUGCGGUUUUACUUCAACGAUGAGAAAGGGAUCUGUGAGACAUUCACUUACUCUGGCUGUGGUGGAAAUGACAAUAACUUUAUCACUCUGAAUGCUUGUCAAAAGAUUUGUCAACCACGUGACAGGAAACCAGUGAAAAACAAAGCUCCUGUGAAACCACUUUAUAAGACAAUUAAAUUAAAAAGAAGAAAGCAGUUUUUAACAAACCAAAAGAGGAAAAUUUAAAUGCUGACCACUCCUAGCAAGAAGUUCCAAGUCAAAUGUUCUUACAUUUUCCAUCUUGGAUUAAAAUCUGGACUGUAAUCAACAUUUUCUUAUCUUUGAAGAUCCCUGGUAGAUCUCCCACAGUAGUCUGAGUACACAGCUUUUUUUUCAGAUUAUGCUUUUGCUGCAUUUAUUAUGGUGUCACUAAUUUUGCUGAAGAGAAUAUUUUAAUGACAAUGGGAAACUAAAGAAAGGAAGGAUUUAAUGGAUCAACUGAUCAUUUGUCAUUCCACUUAAUUUUAUACUGUUUUAAUGGCAUCUGUUUCUUUUAGAUAUCAUACAAUUGAAAUGGAUGAAUUUCAAGCAUAGAAUGCAGUAAAAAGGAUUUUACUUCGAGAUCUGUGCACUCUUUUCUUAAAUGCUUGUAAAUGUAAAACUUUUUAGAAUUAUUAAGUCCUCUCAUAAUUAUCGCUUGAAUUCAAAAGCACCAGCAAUUUCAACUGGUUCACUCCAUUUAAAUGGGUGCUAACCUCUACAUUUAGAUUCUUUGUGACUAACAGUGAAAGGACUAGAAUAUAAGAGUUUAAUUCCAUUUCUGAGCACAGAUUUAUAAAGGAACCUUGAGCUCUCUUUCAAAAGAAAUAGAGCUCAGAGAAGUUAAAUUACAUAGUUGCUUUAACUAGUUAGAAUCCCUUUAAAUCCUAUAAUUGUUUAAAGCAUACUGAAUAAUUUUUAUGGCGUUUUGUUUAGCAAUUAUAUACAUAUUAAAUAUGAAGUACUAGAAUUUAUUCUUAAGAAGUGGAGAAAUUUGAUAAUAUCCAAAACCGCUGUCUUAUUGGAAUAAAUUCUGCAUUGCCACUUCCUGUUAUAAAUGCACAGUAGAAAUGGGAAUAUUUAUGUACUGAAGCCUUUUUUAAAAAAAAUUAAAAAGAAUGAAUAACAAA